CGGCGCGGCGCGGCCGGCGCGGAGCGCUGCGGGCAGUGGCGCCAUGCACUCCCUCGCCCAGGAGAUCCGGAGCUUCUCCAGGGCCAACCUGCGGAAGCAGCGCACCCGCGUCACCACGCUGACCGGCCGCAGGAUCAUCGAGACGUGGCGCGGCGCCUGCCUGCACAUGGAGGAGGAGGAGGAGGCGGCGCCCGACGGCGGCUUCGUGCAGGAUCUCAGCGCUGACCUCCAGGUCGGCGUGGUGAAGCCCUGGCUGCUGCUGGGGUCGCAGGAUGCUGCUCACGACCUGGAGACGAUGAGAAAGCAUAAGGUCACUCAUGUUCUAAAUGUGGCAUAUGGAGUCCAAAAUGCCUUCCUCAAUGACUUUAUAUACAAGACCAUUUCCAUUCUGGACCUUCCAGAAACUGAUAUUACCUCCUAUUUCCCUGAAUGUUUUGAGUUUAUUGAGAAAGCCAAGAUCCAGGAUGGCGUGGUACUGGUUCACUGUAAUGCAGGAGUCUCCCGUGCAGCGGCUGUAGUUAUUGGUUUUCUAAUGAAUUCAGAAAGACUGAGCUUUGCCAGAGCCUAUUCCUUGGUGAAAAAUGCAAGGCCUGCAGCUUGUCCAAAUCCUGGCUUCAUGGAGCAGCUUCACAAGUACCAAGAACAGAUUGUAAAGGCAAAUGGAAGCAUAAACAGUCAUGACUGAUCCAAAGCAAGAAGUGAAAUAAUCUGUUUUGACUAUACAGGAUUUGUAUGUACUUUAAACCACUUUCACAUGUGCAUUUUCAAGUCUUUAUAUAUUUUUUUCUUACCCUCCUUUCACCCUGUUUUUUUCCAGCAUGUCAUCGAAAGGUCAAGUGGUGUACUGACUUCAGAGAAGUUUUGCCUAAAACCAGAGCACUAAUAAAAGGAUACAGCUCAGUUUUCCUUGAAAUAUUAGAAAACAAUAGAAUGAUGGUUUGCUUAUUGAACCACGAGAAAAUGCAGGCAAUAGAGAAAGGAAGUAAAAUAACUGAGAUAAGUUGCUUUCUUUCCAAAUCUGCACAUUCUUACUUUGUUGUAAAAUCUAGAUAAUAAAAUGUUCAAAUAAUGAAGUACCUUGAUAUUGGAAUUUAAAAUUAUAUUGCAACUAUGGAUGAUAUUAUUGAAUUUUAUGGGCUAGCCAGCCAUUAAUUUUUUUUUAAAUUAAAACGAUGGUCUUUUGAGGAUGCUCAAAAUGC